GCCUCUCGAAGCGCAACCUGAAGAUUUUGAGGGAAGCGGGCGAGGCCCUCGAGGGCCAGCACCUGGCCAUGUUCAGAGCGGAUUGGAACAUGCAGUCGUCGAUCGUCGAGUUGUCGGGGUUACCGCGCAAAGCAAACAUGGUCAUCCUGCAGCCCCCAGCCGAGACAUGUGCCACGGCAGCGGCUAAUUCGUACAUGGACUAUUUCGUGGUGUCGCCAGCGGUUGCGAAGUUGGUCGGUAAGACCUCUGCCAUCGCGACGUGGCCGCACCGCCCGCGCAAGCCUGUGCAGUUGCAGUUCAAGGCAG